GGAACGCAACUACUGUCUUUGAUAAGUACUUGUUUCGUAACAGGGCUAGAUUUUCAGGAGCUGUUCUGUAAUAAACGUGAUAUCGAUUUAAGAAAAUGUACCACCAACUAAGCAAAGUUACCGGCAGGCUGGUCUCUGCGACCCAUUUACAGAGCCCACUCUUUCCAGUUGCACCAAUCGCCUUGCAACGAGUGGAAGUACCUCAAAUCCAAUACAACACGUCCCAUAUGUCCACUGUGACUGAAGCGUCUGCCUGCCCAGCUCCUGGGUCUCAAAAACUUGUCCCUGGAACCAACGUUCCCUAUGCCCCUGUUUCUGAGAAGAUCAGGAGACAACAAGAAAUUUUCCAGAAACAUAAUGAUGUCCCAGUGUUCCUGAAAGGGGGUCCAUUUGACAGUAUCCUAUACCGUUUCACAAUGACUCUGUGCAUUCUCGGCUUGGCCGGUAUUGCACACACUGUUUAUAAACAUGCUGUACCCAAGAAGAACUAAAAUGUUGCUUGUCUUAUUAUAAUUUAAAUAUUAGAUGCAAUCGCUGUGUUAUAGUGUUUCCUUGUAAUCUGGAAUAAAGAAUUAAACUUGAAA